UGAUUGUAUUGCAACUGUCAAUGGACAGUUGGUCUUAUUAUAUAAACAUGAACAUGUUUAUGAAAAUGCACAUUACACUCGAUUUCGAUCGAUUUGACCACCUAUAGAAAACAACCCCCCCGAGGGUCAAGUCUACCUUCAUGUCACAUAAAGAGUUAGUCUAGUGCGCGCAAUCGUGUCCAUAGCAUGGAUUAAGCCUUUUUACAUAUACAUACAUUACUUGUUUACUACUCACCCCCCAAUUUUAUAUACUUUGACCCUCAGUUACUUAGAUAGCAAAAUUUUUAAUUUUAUUACAUUUUAUUUGCAAUUAAUUUUAAAAAAAAGUUUUUCCGUUUUUUAUUCGUUUUGUGUGAUAAUAACGAAUUGAAAGGAGUUGGAAAAAUGAACGUGAUAAUAUUAAUGUGCAGAUAAUCUUUGAUUGACGGAUGGUGAUGCUGAGAAAUCCAUCACCGCUUCGAGGCGAAACUCCGCCGAAGAAUUCAAGAAAACUCGAACAAAAAAAAGGAGGUCGAAAUUCCAGGGGUGUUAGUCCAAGUGAAAAAUCGUCAGGAUCACGUGGCAGUAGUCCUGGAAAAAGUAGUUUAUACUCAAAGGGCUUAAGAAAAAGUCCAUCAUUAGGAUCCAGAGGAAGCGAAACUGGGAGUAUAGAAAAACUAAAUGUCGGAGAUCGAAGAGCGAUUGCCUCGAAACAUUUGCUUCCAGACCAUAAUAUCAAUGUCGUCAUUAGAGUGCGUCCGCUCAGUAAUAAGGAAAUUAAAGCCAGGGAUGACAUGGCCGUUCAAUUUCCUGGCGGAGGACAGAUAUACUGUGAUGGCUUCUCGCACAGUACGGACAAGAAGGCAAAGUUAUUUUCAUAUAAUGCUGUCUUUGAGCCUGCAGCCACUCAGGAGGAUAUUUUAUUAUAUUCCGGAAUUAAAAAGCUAAUAGAAAUGGCAGUUGAGGGUUUCAGUUGUACUGUCUUCUGUUACGGCCAAACCGGAAGUGGGAAAACGCAUACUCUUACGGGACCACCUGGACUGUUUUUAAAAAUGAAUCCCUAUUCAGAGGAUCAUGGAUUGGUCUUCCGCUCAUUUGUCUACCUCUUUAAACUCCUACAAGAACGACAUGAAUGUCAUUUUGUCCUGAAAGCUUCUUUUUUGGAAAUUUAUAACGAGAAGGUUAUAGAUUUAUUAAAUCCAGGUUUGAGAAAACCUCUCGCCGUUCGAUGGAGUAAGAAAUCACGUGGUUUUUUUGUCGAAAAUCUUUUCACUGUUGAGUGUGAAGAACUUGACGAUCUUUUAGCAGUAUUAGAAGAAGGAAUGAGAAACAGAGCUGUCGGUUCGCACAAUAUGAACGAUCAUUCCAGUAGAAGCCAUACAAUACUGACUGUUCACAUCACUUCCGAGCAGCAGAUGGAGAAUGGCGUUUUCAUUACGAGGCAGGGGAAAAUCAAUUUCGUCGAUCUAGCCGGUAGUGAAAUGACGAAAAAAACUCAUAGCGAGGGUAAAACACUCGAGGAGGCGAACAACAUUAACAAAAGUCUGAUGGUUUUAGGUUACUGUAUUGCGUCUUUAAGUGAUGGUAGAAAGAAAGGUGUUCAUAUUCCAUAUCGAGAUAGCAAAUUAACUAAAUUAUUAGCUGAUAGUUUAGCAGGAAACGGAGUCUCCCUGAUGAUUGCCUGUAUAUCGCCGGCUCGUUCCAAUGCCAGUGAGACGAUAAAUACAUUACGUUAUGCAUCAAGAGCCAAAAAAAUUCGGACCAAACCCAUUGUUGUAAUGGAUCCUAGAGAGGCGUUAAUUUUAAGUUUAAAGAGAGAAGUUGACGCAUUACAAAUGGAAAACAAUAGUCUCAGAGCAGCUCUUUAUCUUGGGAAUGAUUCCUCGAGUAGCAAUCGAAAUGAUUCUAAAGCUGAAAGCCGUGUGCCAAAAACUCCACCAGUUGAUUUGGAUAAAUUGGCGGAACUUGAAAAUUCCGAGCUCAGCCAAUUGGUCCGCGCCUACAUUAAUGAGAAUGAAGCAUUGCGACGUGAAAACGCUGAACUUUAUUCGACACACGAGCAGGUGAUAAGGGAUCAGGAAAUUGUUUGCAGAGAAAACGAGCGGCUUUUGAAAAAAUUAGAGGACGUCAAUUCGGUUUGUUGUCGUUCACCAAUUAUACCGGCACGACCAACUUAUUCUUCGGAAAUGCUUAAUGACGCAAAUAAUGAUGAUCUUCCAGAUUCCACGAAUAUAUGGACCAACCCAAAUGCUCACUCAAAUUCUCCAAAUUUUUCCGUCUCCAGGGAUCUUUUAGACGCAAAUGGAAUUUCUAAAUACGGGAGUGUUAUGCCACAGAAGGUAUUGAAGGAAUUGGACAAACGACGAAUUAUUGGUAGCGUUAAUAAUAUUGCCGAGGCCUAUAAAGAUAAAAGUCAUCAUCGUCGUCAUAAUUCUUGGGAUAAUGGAAACGAAUCUUUUGCGAGUCCGGAUCAAAUAAUUUCUCCCGUUAACGGAAGUCGUAGUAGCCAGAAACGAGCGACGCUACGACGUACGUCAACAGUACCCGAGGCAAUAAAGGGAAAUGCGUCGAAAAUAAAUGACAUCAUGGGUGGACCUGUUUUUUCAAAUGUACAAUCUUUAAAUGGCACUCCAGAUUCUAUUUUGAGUGAAUCAUUAUUAGAGGGUGGCAACAUGUCAGCUCCUGAUUCUGCUGAAUCUGAAACACCGACUGCACCAUUUCCAUUAUUAACAUCGUCGUCACCAUUUCCAACAACAACAAGAACAACAACAAACUAUCACAAUUCCUAUGAUAAUUAUCGUGAUGUAAAAUUAUUGUCGAGAACAAAUUCACGUUCACGAAUUAAUGAGAAUAAUUCUAAUUCAUCGAAAGAUACUAAUAUACAACGUGUUUUUGGUAGUCUCGUUACGCCUGACGAACAAUUUCAUAAUCAACCAAUUUAAUUACAAAUAAUUAAAAAAAUAUAAAUACAUGUGGGAAAUAUAUUUAAAAAAAUGAGGCGAAUGUGUGAAUUAUAAAAAUUAAUUUUCAUAAUAUAGAAACUAUAGUGCAAUUAGUGCAAUAUGGGAGUGUACAGAUUUGAUUUUAUGCGGAAAUAAUAAUUUAUUUUCAACAAAUUUUAUCAAUAGAAUUAAAAAAAAAUA